CCAGUCCCCUCCACUCCUCACACAAAUAUAAAACGUGAGACACACCACCACCCUGUCUGCACGGGAAAAACCAAGAUUUUUCAGACUGCUUUUUCUAAUAUCUUCAUCAUGAUUUUUCAAGCAAUUUUUGAUUGUAUGGGCUUUAGUGGGUGGCUCUUGUUUGGUUUUGUGUUGUUACUUUUGACUGAUGUGGUGAGGAACUGGAAGCCUCACAACUUUCCACCUGGACCCUCGGCUGUGCCUUUUCUGGGAAAUAUCUUUACUGGAGUUGACUUCAAAACAAUGGAGAAGCUUGCUCAGGAGUACGGCCCCGUGUUUAGCUUGCGGAGAGGCAGUGAGAGGACGGUGUUUAUUUCAGGAUACAAGAUGGUCAGAGAGGCUCUUGUCAACCAGCUGGACAGCUUUGUUGAUCGACCUAUCGUUCCUCUUUUCCAUGUUGUCUUUAAGGGCCUCGGCUUAGCUUUGAGCAGUGGUUACCUGUGGAAGAAACAGAGGAAGUUUGCCAACAGUCACCUGCGUUACUUUGGAGAGGGCCAGAAAUCGUUGGAAAGAUACAUUGAAGUUGAAAGCAACUUUCUUUGCGAAGCGUUCAAAGAGGAACAAGGAAGACCAUUCAACCCCCACUACACCUUAACCAAUGCAGUGAGUAACAUCAUCUCCUCUGUGGUCUUCGGACAUCGCUUUGAAUACAGCGAUCAAAGCUUUCGCAAGUUUCUGGAAUUAGACAACGAGGCCAUUGUGCUCGCUGGCUCUCCUCGGACUCAGCUGUAUGAUGCCUUCCCUGGUUUGAUGAAGUACCUGCCAGGACCUCACCAGACUGUCCACGGAAACUACAAAGAGCUGACAACGUUCCUGAGAAAGGAAAUAGAGAAGCACCAGGAGGAGUGGAACCCUGAUGACCCUCGCGAUUACAUCGAUGUUUACCUGCAAGAGAUGGAGAAGAAAAAAGAAGAUCCUCAGGCUGGCUUCAGCGUCGAAACCCUGCUGAUAUGCACCCUCGACCUGAUGGAGGCUGGGACAGAAGCAGCUGCCACCACUCUACGCUGGGCGCUCGCGUACAUGAUACACUACCCAGAGAUUCAGAAGAAAGUCCAGGAAGAGAUAGACAGAGUGAUUGGACAGUCUCGUCAGCCCACCAUGGCCGACAGACCCAACAUGCCCUACAGUGACGCUGUCAUCCAUGAGAUUCAAAGGAUAGGAAAUAUUGCUCCAUUGGGAUUCCCCAAAAUGGCCAGCAAAGACACUACACUGGCAGGAUACUUCAUACCCAAGGGCACAGCUAUUACUACAUUACUAUCUUCUGUGCUGUUUGAUAAGAAUGAGUGGGAGACGCCCGAUACCUUCAAUCCCGAGCAUUUCUUGGAUUCAAAGGGCCAGUUCCGCAGGAGAGAUGCCUUCUUGCCAUUUUCAGCAGGUAAACGUAUGUGUUUAGGGGAGAACCUGGCCAAAAUGGAGCUCUUCCUUUUCUUUACAUCUCUCCUCCAACGCUUCACCUUCUGUCCCGUUCCCGGAGAAAUGCCCAGCUUGGAGGGUGUUCUGGGCUUCACCUACUCCCCAGCCAUAUUCAGGAUGCUAGCCAUACCUCGCUGAUGUCCUCCACCUCUUCAGUUAUUCCCAUCCCAACCAUAAAACCAGCAGAGAUGAGUGGGAUCUCCACAUUCUUUUUGUGAUCACAAAAUCAAAGAUCCUGGAACUUAGAAACAGUAGAGAAUAUUAAAAGCCCAUCAUCUUUUGUGAAGUAAUAACGAAAUGACUGUAUAGCCACUACUAACCCAGCCUCACUACAAAUGUUACAGUUAUAUAUAUAACAAAACUACUCUACAAUAUACAUGUACAGAUGCAUUAACUAUUACUGGCGUGACAAGCUUUUGCUUUUAUGACACUGUAAAAUUAACAUAUAACAUUCAUAAACUGUUCAUCCAUUAAGUGUUACAUAAGGUAAUAAGCUUUUAUUGGCUUCAUCAUUUAUCAGUAUUGAACCUCAAUAGUUCAUGGUAUAUUGUCCAUUAAUGUUUCCAUUACAUCAGGAUGAGUUACGCAUUAGCUGCACAUUAAUUAAGCACUGGUUCUGUUUUCUGAAGGUUUUACCCUCACGUAGAUAAAACCGCACUUUUUUGGAUUCAUAUGACACAGCAGUACACUCUGACACACAACUGACAGUACACUCUGAUACACAAACAGCUCCGUGAACUUUGAAAAUAACAUUGAGUCCAUAAGUCUCCUGUCAGUCUCCAAUUAAAUAAUAAAUAACAGUAAUUAAAAAAACCCUCGUAAAUAUUUGUUGCCUAUGGUAAAAAAAAAAAAAAAAUUGCUCCUCAACUUAAAUGUUGAGGAGCAUUUUCUUUCCAUUAUGACAACAACACGGUUCUUUGCAAAGUAAUCAUUGCCAUAAUAGAAUAAAAAUCUAUAAAGAUAUCAUCAGUGGUGUUUAGGUUAGAAGAUACAAAUUCUAAAAAAGACGCAUAAAUGUUCUUUCUUUGAUUUUGCAGCAAGGACAGAUUUGGAUGGAUAGAUAACCUUCAAGAUCUUAUGCUUACAAUGUAUGAAUACUUCUGUAAUUAGCCUCUUUGACUUUGUCAUAGGCAAAUGAAAAAUUUAUAUAUACAGUACAUGAUAAUGUAUAUUCAUCAAAGGCCAUGCCUAAGCAAUUUUCACAACUGUAAAUUAUUUUUGGUAAAUAAGGGAAGGUACAAAAAUUAAAAGCUGUAUGAUUUUAUGUUGUAUUCUGUUCUUAAAUCAAUAAAUGAUUUUGGUUGUGCUCACUUGCAAAAUAUUUGACAAUAAAUUUC